GAGACAUGGAAUGUGGGUUCGAUUGCGGAAGGUAGUGAUCUGGUUGUUGGGCGUAUACAUAGCGAUUCCAUUUCUAGUUAAAAUUUGUCCAGCUAUUCAGGCAAAGCUUGUCUUCCUAAAUUUUGUAAGAGUGCCCUAUUUCAUUGAUCUGAAAAGACCCCAGGACCAAGGCUUAAACCAUACCUGUAACUACUAUCUACAGCCAGAGGAAGAUGUAACUAUUGGAGUCUGGCACACAGUUCCCACAUUUCUAUGGAAAGAUGCUCAAGGGAAGGACCAACUGUGGUACGAGGAUGCUUUGGGUUCUAAUAACCCCGUAAUCCUUUACUUGCAUGGAAAUGCAGGAACUAGAGGAGGGGAUCAUCGUGUGGAACUUUACAAGGUUUUAAGCUCUCUUGGUUAUCAUGUGGUCACAUUUGAUUAUCGAGGAUGGGGAGACUCUACAGGCACUCCCUCAGAAAGUGGGAUGACCUAUGAUGCUCUUCAUGUAUUUGACUGGAUAAAAGCGAGAAGUGGAGACAAUCCAGUUUAUAUAUGGGGACACUCUUUGGGAACUGGAGUUGCAACCAACCUAGUAAGACGUCUUUGUGAAAGAGAAACUCCCCCAGAUGCCCUGGUAUUAGAAUCACCUUUUACAAACAUACGUGAAGAAGCAAAAAGCCAUCCCUUUUCAGUGAUAUAUAGAUAUUUCCCAGGAUUUGACUGGUUUUUCCUUGACCCUAUCACAUCAAGUGGAAUAAAGUUUGCCAAUGAUGAGAAUGUGAAGCACAUUUCAUGCUCUCUGCUUAUUCUUCAUGCUGAAGAUGAUCCUGUUGUUCCAUUUCAUCUUGGAAAAAAGCUAUACAACAUUGCUGCCCCAUCUCGGAGCUUUCGUGAUUACAAAGUACAGUUUGUUCCAUUUCACACAGACCUGGGCUACAGGCAUAAAUACAUCUACAAGAGCCCAGAACUACCUCGGAUAUUACGGGAAUUCCUUGGAAAAUCUGUACAUCACCAUCAUCAAUGAAGACUUUAACAUGGUAGACUUAAGAUCAUACCAUCUUUAAAAAAGAGAAAGAGAAAAAGUCUGCCAUUAUUGAAACCCAAGCACUGGAUAUGCCACUGAUUCUGGCUUCAGUUCUAAGAGAUACCUUGAAAUCCCAGGUUGUGGGAUAGUAGAUAUGAAGAAUGAAUGUAGUUGGCUUCUGUGUCCUUUUUUAUUAUUUCUAAAGAAUAAGGGAGCAAAAUAUUGAAACAAUUAAGUUCAAGCACAAUAAAGACUGUAACUCCCCCACCCCACCCCACCCCCACAGCCCUGCUUUCUCCCAGAAGUUAUAAACAUUCCUACAGUAUUGUGCCAGAUUGUUACAACAGCUCUUUAGAAGACAAAAUAACUUGCACUCUAAAACAUAGAAUGGACUAUAGUUAUCUGCAAAAAUGUAAUUCUUACAAUUUUUCAGUGCUGCCUCUACUGUAUUUGAAUUGCAGGUUCUCUUCUAGAAUUUAGUUUGGUAAGGGAUAUUUUUCUCCUGUUGGUUAUCUCUUUGGAAGUUGCAGAAGAUGAUGUGGUUUUUAAAUUAAUUUUAGAAACUGGAGACAAACAGGCAUACAAGAAAAUGUUUCAGAAUUAAUUGAAGGAUGGUUCACCUUUAAAAAGAGGUGUCUAUUUGACAAUUAUAAUUUAAUAGUGGUUAAUUUUCCCGUUAUUGCUUUGCUUUCAAGUCUCCCAAACAGAAGUAAUACAUAAAAAUCUUUACUAUACCUCAGUCUACAGGCACAUAUCCACCCUGAAAUUCUGCCUGCCUACUUUUCAAACCAUUUUCUUUGGGUGUAUAUAUCCUUUAAGUAAUGUAGACUGUACUGAUUAAAAAUUACCCUUGGAAGUUGCUUGUAGUAACUCUUCUGUUAACAGAAGGUGUCUUUAAGUUUAGAAUUGUUGGAGAAUGUGUAUUUCCACUGUGGUAAAGAUGUCUUCCAGUCUCUUCUAGUCACAGAGAGACAUACAAGCACUUUGGGAGUGAAAAAAAAAUGAUUCCAUUUUAAAUGAUCAUGAUUCUUCAGACAUCCCAGCCUAACCAUUUCCUUCAAAAUGCUCAGGUACAGUAGAGCUGGUAAAAAGUUUCCUUUUUAAAUACAAGGGAAAGAAAUUAACUCUCUAAGUUGAUCUCUUUUGAUGUGCAUUUUCUUUGGGGAUAAAACUCAUUCUGAAUUCUCAGCAGUGAAACACUCAAAGUUUCACAUGGAAUGCUGAAUAUUACCCAAGUCAACCAAAGGUAUUGAAAGUGACACAUUCUUAUGUUAACAAUACUUUAUCCCUGAUCAUUAAAGUAAUUCCUUUCUACUGUAAAAACAGAAGAUUGGUUUUAGUUUGCUGUGUAGAAUAUUAAAACCUGUGAUGUAUGAAACCUACCUGACCGGCUUUGAAUGUUCCCUUCAGUUAGCACUAGGUGUGAACAAAGAACACCUGUGUGUUCUUCUUUUAUUAUAAUAAAACUAUACUUUCUAUACUGAAUUUAGCAGGCAACGUGAUAACUAGUUUUAACAAAUAUUGAAUCUGACUUUCAUGUACUGCUUUUGAGACUGACCAAAUCUUAUAUUUUAUGAAAACCUAGUCCCUUAUCCCAGUUUUGGCUUAAUCAACAGCAGUGCUGUGCAUUGCUUCCAUUUUGAUUGGAAAGAGGUGACUUGUUAAAGCCACUGUGACUUUUGCCAGGGAGUUUCUGCUGUGUGAUCCUGGAAGCCAACAUGGCUUCUGGACUGAGUUGAAGACCAGGCUGCAUUCCUAACCACUUCUUCCAAAUAAAAUCUGAAGUACUGCAUGUCCUUAAUAAUUGGAGAUAUGCAUAAUCCUCCCACAUGCAUGUAAGUGUUUUUUUUAAAGCUCUUUUUAUCCCACCUUUAUUAUUUUUAUAAAUAAGGCAGUGAAUGCACCUAAUACUCCUCCUUCAUCCUCUUUUCCCUACAAAAACAACCCUGUGAGGCGAGUUGGGCUGAGAGAGUGUGACUGGCCCAAAGUCACCCAGCCAGUUUUUGUGUCU